AUGUGCAUAACAUAUUUCGCGUUUACAGUCUCGACAUUUUUCGCACCUCUCAUCGUAGGUUAUUUGACUGCCAAAUGGAGUAUGUUCCUGGCCAGUACGUUUUAUACAACAUUCAUGGUCACAUUCAUGUUUGUCAACAGCGCCGCUUUCUACACAACAUCUGCUCUUAUGGGUAUUGGUGCAGCACGUAGGUUUUCAUUUGCAUUCAAAACUUCACUCUGUGCAGAAGUUGAUGGCGUUUGCAUAUUAGCAACCUAUUAA